GGAAUGUAAGGCCGCCGCGGCUGCCGCUAUAAUAUCUAUAUGUCUUAGAGACGCGAGUCUAUCUCUGCCUUCAAGCUUUCUUGGGCUCUCGUCGCUCCUCCUCCCGACCCGCCCAUCCCAUCUGGGGAUGAGAAGAUUGAGGGUGCAGAGCCCAGUCCUGCAGCGGGGAUUUGCGAGCUCAACCCGGCACCCUACUGAUUACAGGAUUACGUUGGACAUAUUUUUGAGCUUAGUAUUCCCUGUUCACUGUGUGGGGUGGCGGUGGGUCGGCUAGGAAUAGUCUUGAAGGUCUACCUCUGACAUCUCAUUUCAGGAACCUGGCAUCUUCAGGGACAGUUACCUGCUUUUUAAAGGAGGUAAUUAAUUUUGUUUUCAAAGAGUGAAUAGAGUGCUGACCGUGACAACAGUCUGCAUCUUUUAUUUCGAGCUGCAAACUAUAUUUACUCAAAUGUUUUGUUUUGUUUUGUUUUUACCAACUGUGUACCUUUUGAAACGUCAAAGUCUUUAAUCGUGAACGAUUUGGGACGAAAGGCCAACAAUUUGUUUUCUAGUAUGUAGGGGUGUUUAUAGGCUGUGUGUGCCUCCAAACUGUAAAAUAGUACAGUAUAGUGUCCAGUGUAUAAGUUUGUAGGCAUUAAAAUUUUCUUCUGGCUAACUUAAAAUUGUUGAAUUCACUAGUUUGCAUAAACGUUUAAGAAUUUGAAAACACAGUUGAAAAACAGUGUUACUAAGAAAUUUUCUAAUAAACAUGAUCAAAUGAAAACAGUUUUACAGUAAGAUUUAAAUUCUUUGUCCACAGAAAGUGAAUUCAUUGUAUUUUACUUUUUGGGAAAUGUUGGAACUGAAGAACUGCAACUGUAAUUUGAAAUAAGGAAAACUUUAAUUUUCAGUAUAGAAACUGCUCAAAUAGAAUUGCCUGAUUUUAAUGACAAAAGGUGAAUUAGAGUUUAAUGUAUUACAGGUCCUAUACUACGGAUGGGAACUAUUACAGUUUAUAAUGUCAAAAACUUUUCUUAGACCAAAGGUAUCUUCCACAAAGGUAACAGACUGGGUUGACCCAUCAUUCGAUGAUUUGCUAGAGUGUAGAGACAUCUCUACUAUUACUACCACAUCAUUAGGUGUGAACAACUCAAGUCAUAGAAGAAAAAAUGGGCCUUCUACAUUAGAAAGUAGCAUAUUUCCAGCUAGAAAAAGAGGAAAUCUAUCUUCGUUAGAACAGAUUUAUGGUUUAGAAAAUUCAAAAGAAUAUCUGUCUGAAAAUGAACCAUGGGUGGAUAAAUAUAAACCAGAAACUCAGCAUGAACUUGCAGUGCAUAAAAAGAAAAUUGAAGAAGUUGAAACCUGGUUAAAAGCUCAAGUCUUAGAAAGGCAACCAAAACAGGGUGGAUCUAUUUUAUUAAUAACAGGUCCUCCUGGAUGUGGAAAGACAACAACCAUAAAAAUACUAUCAAAGGAGCUUGGUAUUCAAGUACAAGAGUGGAUUAAUCCAGUUUUGCCAGACUUCCAAAAAGAUGAUUUCAAGGAAAUGUUUAAUACUGAAUCAAGCUUCCAUAUGUUUCCCUAUCAGUCUCAGAUAGCAGUUUUCAAGGAGUUUCUACUAAGAGCAACAAAGUAUAACAAGUUACAAAUGCUUGGAGAUGAUCUGAGAACUGAUAAGAAGAUAAUUCUGGUUGAAGAUUUACCUAACCAGUUUUAUCGGGAUUCUCAUACUCUACAUGAAGUUCUAAGGAAGUAUGUGAAGAUUGGUCGAUGUCCUCUUAUAUUUAUAAUCUCUGACAGUCUCAGUGGAGAUAAUAAUCAAAGGUUAUUGUUUCCCAAAGAAAUUCAGGAAGAAUGUUCUAUCUCAAAUAUUAGUUUCAACCCUGUGGCACCAACAAUUAUGAUGAAAUUUCUUAAUCGAAUAGUGACUAUAGAAGCUAACAAGAAUGGAGGAAAAAUUACUGUCCCUGACAAAACUGUUCUAGAGUUGCUCUGUCAAGGAUGUUCUGGUGAUAUCAGAAGUGCAAUAAACAGCCUCCAGUUUUCUUCUUCAAAAGGAGAAAACAACUUACGGCCAAGGAAGAAAGGAAUGUCUCUAAAAUCAGAUGCUGUGCUGUCAAAAUCAAAACGAAGAAAAAAACCUGAUAGGGUUUUUGAAAGUCAAGAGGUCCAAGCUAUUGGUGGCAAAGAUGUUUCUCUGUUUCUCUUCAGAGCUUUGGGGAAAAUUCUAUAUUGUAAAAGGACAUCUUCAACAGAAUUAGAUUCAUCUCGGUUGCCCUCUCAUUUAUCAGAAUAUGAACGUGAUACAUUACUUGUUGAACCUGAGGAGGUAGUAGAAAUGUCACAUAUGCCGGGAGACUUAUUUAAUUUAUAUCUGCACCAAAACUACAUAGAUUUCUUCAUGGAAAUUGAUGAUAUUGUGAGAGCCAGUGAAUUUCUAAGUUUUGCAGAUAUCCUCAGUGGUGACUGGAAUACACGCUCUUUACUCAGGGAAUAUAGCACAUCUGUAGCUACAAGAGGUGUGAUACAUUCCAACAAAGCCCGAGGAUAUGCUCAUUGCCAAGGAGGAGGAUCAAGUUUUCGACCCUUGCACAAACCCCAGUGGUUUCUAAUAAGUAAAAAGUAUCGGGAAAAUUGCCUGGCAGCAAAAGCACUUUUUCCUGACUUCUGCCUACCAGCUUUAUGCCUACAAACUCAGCUGUUGCCAUACCUUGCUCUACUAACCAUUCCAAUGAGAAAUCAAGCUCAGAUUUCUUUUAUCCAAGAUAUUGGAAGGCUCCCUCUAAAGCGACACUUUGGAAGAUUAAAAAUGGAAGCCCUGAGUGACAGGGAACAUGGAAUGAUAGACCCUGACAGCGGAGAUGAAGCUCAGCUUAAUGGAGGACAUUCUGCAGAGGAACCUCUGGGUGAACCCACUCAAGCCACUGAGCCAGAAACCUGGUCUCUUCCUUUGAGUCAGAAUAGUGCUGCGAGUGAACUGCCUACCAGCCAGCCUCAGCCCUUUUCAGCCCAAGGAGACGUAGAAGAAAACAUAAUAAUAGAAGACUAUGAGAGUGAUGGGACAUAGAAGCCAGCCUGCAAAUCAGAUUGCUACUUCACAGAUUAAUUUUUGUUUCAUUCAGUGGUACAUCAGCAGAGUUAAUAUGCUUUUCUGAUAAAUUACACGGCAGUUUGUUAAUUCUUCAUUCUUGUAGUAUUUCAUCACAAGAAACUGACUCAUCUGAAUUUUUUCUGUAGUAUUUAUUAAACCUGUGAGUGGUUUAA